AUGGGUCGCUUGGACUCAAAGAUAGAUUCCUUGGAAGACAACAAGCGUCGCACCUGGGGAGGCCGGUUGGAAUUCAUUAUAACAUGUGUCGGCUGUGCUGUUGGUCUGGGAUCAGUAUGGCGCUUUCCGUAUCUAUGUUACAGGAACGGUGGAGGCGCGUUUUUGAUACCAUACUGCGUCAGUUCGUUCUUGGUUGGCCUUCCAUUGUUCUUCAUGGAAUUAUGUUUUGGCCAGUUUGCCAGUCUUGGGCCUAUCACUAUUUGGAAAAUUAGCCCCUUGUUCAAAGGUAUUGGCUAUGGGAUGAUGAUGAUUUCUUUGUUCAUCGGUCUUUACUACAAUGUUAUAAUUGCCUACAUCUUUCACUACCUCUUCGCCUCAAUGACAGCUAAUUUGCCGUGGUCUGCUUGUGGGAAUACUUGGAAUACGGAUGCAUGUUUAGUAGUUGGCGAAGGUACGCAAACAAACGCCACCAACUUCACCAGUAGAACAACGCUUCUGAAUACUACCGAUACUACCGAGGUCAUCGCCACUUCACCAAGCGAGGAGUAUUUCUACCGUAAUGUCCUAGAGAUGACUGAUGGGAUAGAGAAUUCAGGGGGUCUCAAAUGGGACCUUUCCCUGUGUCUUCUGCUGGCCUGGUUGAUUGUGUUCCUGGUCUUGAUUAAGGGAAUAAAGUCCCUGGGGAAGGCUGUUUAUUUUACUGCCAUUUUCCCUCAUGUCAUCUUGGCCAUUCUCCUUGUACGUGGUGUUUUACUGGAAGGAUCCGCAGAAGGCAUUAAAUAUUAUCUAACGCCUGAUUUUACUCGACUUCUAGACUCUAAGGUGUGGAGUGACGCAGUCGUUCAGAAUUUUUAUUCACUCAGCGUGUCUUUUGGAGGCCUGAUAGCGAUGUCAAGCUACAACAAAUUCCACAACAACUGUUUCAGGGACGCACUAAUUUGUUCCCUUAUGAACUGCGGGACUAGCGUUUAUGCUGGAUUGGUCAUCUUCUCCGUGCUUGGCUACAUGGCGCAUAUAUCUGGAAAAGAUGUGGCUGAUGUUGCUAGUCAAGGUCCUGGUCUUGCUUUCAUCGUGUAUCCAGAGGCCAUAUCCCAGAUGCCGUUACCGACUCUGUGGGCCAUUCUGUUCUUCUCCAUGAUGCUGUUACUGGGAUUCAGUGCACAGUUUUCCAUGGCUGAGACCGUUUUGAGCAGUAUAAUGGACGAAUAUCCACAUAUUCUACGUGUUAGUAAAUGGAGGGAAACCAUCAUGAGGGGCGUCGUGUGCGGAGUGUGUUUUCUUCUCGGCCUGCCGAUGUGUGCAAGGGGUGGCCACUAUCUAUUAGACCUGAUGGAUCACAGUGUUGGAGGGUUCCCGUUGCUGUUUGUUAGUUUAUUUGAAUGCAUAGUUCUACAGUGGGUCUAUGGAUGGUCCAGGUUUUCUGAGGACGUGAAAAUAAUGCUUGGCAAGAAGCCUGGUAUCUACUUUCGGGUCACUUGGUGUUGUUUAUCUCCGCUUCUUAUGUUGGCUGUCAUAGUAUUCAAAUUCAUUCAGCUGAAGCCAUACGUGUAUCAUGGCUAUACAUUCCCUGUGUGGGCUCAGGUCCUGGGAUGGCUGAUUCAGUUGACACCCGUCGCCCUCAUCCCUGCCUGGAUCCUGAGAAGAUACUGCUACGACGGCGGCCUCAAGGCCUUGAAGAGAGCUGGAUCACCGCAAGCUGACUGGGGACCUGCACGUGCAGAAGACCGCGCGGGGACAAUCUACGACGCCGAUUCCAAGGCAAAAACUCUCCAUGACAACGGUACAUCCAAUCCCGCCUUUGAUCAAUAA